AUGAGAAGAAUGGCGCAAAAUGAUCCGGAAUUGUCCAAUGACUUAGAGGGGUUUCUCAAGGAUUUGACAGGUAAGGAUGCAACUAAACUUGAGGGAAGCAGUGCGAAGAAGGAUUCGCCAUCCAAUGAUGGAACUAAUUUCCAACAUGUGAUAUCAGAAACUGUAAAUCGGCUUAAAACUUCUGGGAAUAACGUGGAUAAGACGAUCCACGAGGAAAGUAAAGACGACGAGUUGUUGGCUACUCUACUGAAGUCUCUAAACCUCGAUAUAGGAAAGGAAAAGCAAGACGGUGACGGUACAGAUAUAAGCAAGUUGUUGGUAGAUAUGCUUGACAAGCUAUCGAGCAAGACCAUCCUCUAUGAGCCUUUGAAUGAUCUUUACUUAAAGUUUGGUCCGUGGUUGGCUGAAUCCAAGAAUAAAACAAAUUCUGACUACUCAAAGUAUCAGGAUCAAUAUGAAAUAGUAAAGAAGAUAGUCUUCAAAUUCCAGGAAUCCAGCUAUGAUGACGACAAUUCACAUGAUAAGGAGUUUAUCAAUACGAAUCUAGAGCAAUUACAGGAACUCGGCUUACCUCCUAAGGAAUUGGUUAAUGAUGAUCUUAAUUUCUUGAACUUCAAAGGUGCUGGCAACCAGAAUGGGUCCAAGGAUCCACAUAAUCUGGAAUUUGGAGACGAUGAUAUUCCAGAAGAAGUUAGUAAAGAACUAGAGGACACAUGCCAGCAGACAUGA